CCGGCCGGGCCAGGAGGCCAGGAGGCGGAGCGGAAGCUGAGUGCGAGGGACGAGAAGAGUAAAAUCUCUAUAAGCUGGAAAACCAACCUCGUCCCUAAUUCCCAGCCCCGGCCUUUCUCCAUCCCGACCUGGAGGCUGCUUCGCGAGCGCGGGACGCAGCUGACGCCCUCUAAUUCGCUUUCGCUGCGCCGCCCCAGCUCCGGCGCCCGUUGGCGGCGGCAGUGACGGGAAGCCCACUGUCAAGUUUUACAGAGUUAACUGGAGGUGGGAGGCAACUUUGCUGAAGAUGAAGAAUAUACAAUAUUAAAGGAGAAGGAGGAAAUUUUUUCUUUUUUCUUUCAAAAGGAUUGUUUGGUGGCUUGACUCUAGUUAUCAGUUUUCAGCCGAGUCUGUUUGCUUCAUCCGAAAUGAUUUUUACAAUCUCAAGAAAAAGUAUGUCCCAGAAAUUGAGUUUACUAUUGCUUAUAUUUGGACUCAUUUGGGGGUUGAUGUUACUCCACUAUACUUUUCAACAACCAAGACAUCAAAGCAGUGUCAAGUUACGUGAACAAAUACUAGAUUUAAGCAAAAGAUACGUUAAAGCUUUAGCAGAGGAAAAUAAGAACACAAUGGAUGUCGAGAGUGGCGCUUCGAUGGCAGGAUACGCGGAUCUAAAAAGAACAAUUGCUGUCCUUCUGGAUGACAUUUUACAACGCUUAGUAAAGCUAGAGAACAAAGUUGACUACAUUGUUGUGAACGCCUCAGCAACCAACACUACCAAUGGUACUAGUGGGAAUCUGGUGCCAGUAACCACAAAUAAAAGGAUAAAUGCAUCAGGCAGCAUCAGAUAGCAGUUGGCGAUCACCUCGUGCUGCUACAUCCACCAUGGAGUGCAUCCCAUGACAGAAAAGCUUUUAAAUCGCUGACUAGGAUAGAGUAAUACUUUAUAAUAAAAGCUCUACACAUUUUCAAGGAAUCUGGAUUCAUGGAACUCUAACUCUGUAUAUAAAUUUUAAGUUAUUAGUUUGCGUGCAGGCAAGUCUCUUCAAUGCUGUACUAUAUCCUUAAAGGGAAUUUAGUAACAUGGUCGAUGUAGUGAGCAGGUAGGUGAUCUUUGUAUAAAUCUUUUAUUUGCAAUCGAGCUGAAACAAAAACAUUGAAAGAUGUGGAUUCGUUUCUAUAAAAUAUUUAUUUAAAUAUAUAACAUGUUUUUCAGACAAGUGGAGAAAGUUGUUAUUGAAUCAUUCUGUCAUUUGUUCUCAAUAUGUAUAACCGUUAGACUAAUACUUUAGAGAAUGUGCUUACUUCCAGUACUAGGUUUUGUUACUGAGACUAUGAGCAGAGUAAAGAAGUAUAAUGUUGAAAUAAUGUUUUGAAAUAAUGACCCAAAGAAUGUCUUCAUUUGCACUAUCCUUCGGAAUAACUGGAGGUUAAUUAUUGUAUAUUUUUAAAAAUUACAUUUGUAUGAGUAUAAUCUUGAAAUGGGUAGUAGCCACUGUCUGUAACCUAUUCUAAACAUUGGAACAGUUAAAUAACAUUAAAAUAGUAAUCUCUAA